AUUGAUCGUGAUUUAUUGUUUAAUUGACAUCUUUCAACCACAAGAACAAAAACAUUUAUUAAGCUGAAGAUGUUACCGAGAUUUGGAUAUAUGCUAAACUUUUUAAAGACGAUUGAAAGAAAUGUAUUUCACAUGUUUGGCCAUCCACCAAGAGAAUUAGCUUUAGUCCAAAUUUAUGAGAAACAAUUACCACAUCCCAAAAAAAGUUUUUCCAUUAAGGACAUAGUUGGAGAUGGCUUUCUUCUUGCUGUUCCUAAAUUUAGGAGGACCAUUGAGAAGAAACUAAAAAGAAAGUUUGGAUAUCCAGAAUAUGUAUGGAAAAUGCUUGUCCCUAAAACUAAUAUCAAAGUAUGUAAUGAGUGUGGACAUCAUCAUGAGAGGGGACGCCUUUGUGAACAUUGCUACAAAAAAGUUGAAAAGGAAACAAAAGAGAUUCAAGCUAAAAUACAAGAGAAAUUAGGCAAUAGCCCUAUUGAGAAAGAUGUCAUUGUGCUUUAUGAAGGAGAAAAUUCUCCUAAUAUGCCCAACGAGUUUUGGAAUGGUAAAAGAGUAGUAGAGAUGAAGAAAGAAAGACCACAAUGGUUCAGUAAAAACCUACUACAGAAAUCAACCCAACAGCCAUCUGACUCCACAGAUGUGAAACCAACUGACUUAGCAUAAUUUAUAUAUAUUUUAG